AUGAUAAAUUCGACGCUAAUCCAGUUCGAUGAUUUUUUAAAGAACCUUUAUUUGAUUAUAUAAAUAGAGAGUGUAAAAGGAAGAGAAAGAAUUAACGAGGACAGUAAAGCUCGAUUAAUGUAAAGUAUGAUAGAGCCUAAAAUUUUGAGAUAAAAAAGAAAGAAAUAUUACUUCUAGAAUAAGAGAUUUAAUUCGAAUUCAUUUCUAGAACUAUACCAGAUAGCACAAGAGAUCCAAUAUAUUAAAUGAUAAUGGAAGAAUAGAGAGAUCAAGAUAGAAGUGUAAUGUAGAAAAGAAAAAAGCAUUAUGUUUUGAUUAUUUUAAAAAUUAUACAUAAUUAUUAAAAUCAAUAGAGAGGUAAGAAAUUAAAAAUCACUUCAAAGAAUAAUUAAUAAUAUAACUAUAAGAGUUUUGAAAAAUUGAGAGCAAAGAGUUUGAAUAAUUUUGCAUUUUACCUCAAGAAAUUGCCCUAACAAUUUCUUGACAAACUAACCUAUAUUAGGAAUUUAGUAAAAUUUAAAGGGAAAAUAUAAAAUUAUUAAAAUAAAUAAUAAAAUUUAUAAUAUUUUUUAGAGUGGUAAUUCAUUAAAAAAAGUUGA